AUGGGAUUCUUGAUCAGUGAUAUGUUUUCCAGUUUGUGUUUGAAGAAUGAAUGAGACACCAGUACAAGAGAUACAGAUAAACCUGAUGCUAUGAAAGUGAUCAUGAUAAAAUACUUACUACUAUAAAAUAAGCAUUGAAGAAGGUAAAAAAGGAAUAAAACAAGUGGUUCAGAUAGUAUAUGCCAGUAUAUGACAGAAUUGAGUUGAUCAGCUGAAGCUCCAACAAGUUGAUCAAUGUUAUACUGAAUAAUGUUAGCAGAGAAACUGGAAAAACCGCAAAAACAAGUAAUGUACACAAAACUAAAGAAAGUCCAUAUCACUGCUUCAGUGUGGUCAAAGUAGCUUUCAACAAUAAAUCCAAUUCCUCCUAUAAUCCAUGACAUAAAGCACAAUACUAUACCAAUCAGUAUAGCUUUGUAUCUUCCAAUCCAUACAUCAGCUAACAGACCAAAUAAAGGAAAAAAGAAAUAGCCCAAGCAAUAUAUAAUGACUAAACCAUACUUAUACCAAGGGGCAGGAGCAGUUUCUGUAGUAAAUACAGCAGUGGAACGACUCAGUAAUAUGUAAUAAGAAUACAUGAAGAAGUUCCAUACUAGGACCAAGACUGCUGAAGGAGUAAUAUGAAGGAAUCGUUGCCACUUUCUAGCUAGUUGCUUAGCUAAACUGGUUGCCAUAAUCAUUCCUACAUGUACUGUAUAAUGAAUUCAUGCAAUUCAAGAAAGUUGAUUAUAAUGAAUUGCUACAUGCUGUACGAUCUGUCAUGUAUUUGUUUUAAAUGUUUUGCAUUGGAAAGAAAAAUAUCAAUUGACACUAUUAGCAUGAUAAAAACUAGUACACUUUUUGUUAUAUGAUAAGAUAAACUACAUAUGUUUUGGCUCUCGUAAUGAAAUUGAAACUUGACACUGUUGUUAAUGUGAAAACCAAUCUAUAGCCCACAAGCAAUUGCAUGCCACAUACGAUCAACAUUUGUAUUAAUGAAAAGCAUGCUAAAAAGAAUAUUAUUUGGCUAAUUUUAUAAGUUUUUAAUCAUUAUUUUAUUUACAUUAGAUCGAGCUGACUGCUAUUCAGAAGCAGUACUACAGAGCAAUAUUGGAAAGGAAUUUCACUUUUCUGACUAAAGGGAGCAACACAGUACCAAACCUAUUGAACACUAUGAUGGAACUAAGGAAGUGUUCUAAAGAUAAUCUUGUAAUGGAUGAGCCUCGUGUAAGGAGACAGGUUCGUUGCUAUGGUGAUGAGAUGCUGGAGACAAUAGUUGACAUGGAUGAGAGUCAAGAAGAGAUACUGGACAUAUUACCAUUGAGAGGAAAGAAAGGAUAGACCAAACUGAAGUGCUUUAAGAUUGAGAAGGCUCUACUGGUUUAUAGUGGGGACAGUGGGUGGACAUGCUUGUUGAGUGUAACUUUAAAAAGAGACAAUUGAAUAUCAGGGACAUAGAGAAUAUAUUAAGAACAAUGUGAUGAGAAAGUCAAGGUUUACAUCCACCAAAUGAUUGACCCUAGCAUUCAAACUGAAGACCAUUCUGAAGAUAGCUCAACUCCUGAAUACUUCACUGGUUUUACUGAAGAGGACUAUCUUGCUUUAAUGGCUAAAGAUCCUGAGACUCUCUUUCAGGAAGAAUUAUACAUGUACAUGAAGCAUCUUAGACGACACUCAACGAAGAUAUUAUUAAGGGUGAGACAGUUGCAUUUAAUUUGCUGGUAGAUAAUGAAACCUUACAUUAAACAAUUUAAAGCUGGAGCCUUUGCAAAGGAUCUUGAUUUUGUUCCUCCUAAGCCAGAAGAGGAUCCUCCAGUUCCAUGGUGGAACAGUUUAUGUGAUGUGUCUCUGUUAGUUGGAAUGGUUAAACAUGGAUAUGAGCAGUUUCGUCAGUGGAGAUCAGACAGGUCAUUGUGUUUCUGGGAGUUAGUAGGAGAACAACAACAACAGACACAACAGCAAUCAACACCACAGACACAUCAAUCCAAAAAGAAGCGACUCUCGAAAGCCACGCCUUCCAAGGACUCGUUUUUUGAAGGAGAGAGCGAGGGAGAGGAGGAGCUAUUUGAAUUGGAUGAUGAUGAGAUUGAUAAUCCUGGAGGGGAGGAGAGUGACGAGGGAAGUCCUAAUGGGCCUCAGGCUCCUCAACAACCUAAACUAACCACUGUUAUUAGAAAGAUAUGAAUCUCUAAGGGAAAAAUAAUUGACACUAUCACACUAAUCAAAAUAAA